UACGGCAUUAUCAUAGGAUCUUUGACUGUGUCGAAAGUGCCAUUCUUUUUCCUUCCUGUCCAAAAUGGCGCAGCAGGUGUCAAAGAAAAAGAAGUUUGUUGCUGAUGGAGUCUUUAAAGCAGAACUCAACGAAUUCCUCACCAGAGAAUUGGCUGAGGAUGGAUACAGUGGAGUUGAGGUCCGUGUGACACCAACACGCACAGAGAUCAUCAUACUUGCCACCCGAACUCAGAAUGUUUUGGGUGAGAAAGGCAGACGCAUUAGGGAGCUUACAUCUGUCGUUCAGAAGAGGUUUGGCUUCCCAGAAGGAAGUGUAGAGCUCUAUGCAGAAAAGGUUGCCACUCGAGGCCUGUGUGCAAUUGCACAAGCAGAGUCUCUGCGAUAUAAGCUCAUUGGUGGUCUGGCUGUUCGAAGGGCUUGCUAUGGAGUGCUUCGUUUCAUCAUGGAGAGUGGAGCCAAGGGAUGUGAGGUGGUUGUUUCAGGGAAACUCCGAGGUCAGAGAGCCAAAUCCAUGAAGUUCACUGAUGGUCUCAUGAUCCACAGUGGAGAGCCCACCAAUGAUUACGUUGAUACUGCUGUGCGACACGUUCUGCUUCGGCAAGGUGUCUUGGGAAUCAAGGUGAAGAUCAUGCUGCCCUGGGAUCCAAAUGGCAAAAAUGGACCGAAGAGGCCUCUUCCCGAUCAUGUUUCUAUUGUUGAACCCAAGGAAGAGGUCAUACCCGAUAAUCCAAUCUCUGAAGCUAAAGGUGGCAAAGCUGACCUUGUUGCCCCAUGAAAGAGUUCUUGAAUGGAAUAAAAUCCUCCAUGCUUGAAUA